UGAAUACUAUUUCACGUCCUUUAGAUCUGCUCCUCGGUUUUACCUUUCCAUUCCACAAUUUCGGAGGCUUAAAAAUACCUGGCCUUUCUUGGGCGACCCCAAAACACCCUAGAUCUUUUUAGAUCUUUGAAACGGUCUCUGUGUGGCGCAAGUCACUAUACCGUGCAAAAGUCAACUACUUUGUAGGGGCUGCAAUUGCUGCCCGCGUAUUUACGCGACAUUUAUAACCAGAAGCCAAGAAGAUAUUCACCAUGGUCCCGCUUGAGGACAAAAAGCAAGAUUUCGAGGAUUUGAGCCCUCACGGGCAGCUGUCCGCCUCUAAAGCCGUCUUGAAGUCCGAGUCUGACACUUCGCGUACGCUUCCCGAGCGAUCUCGUGAACAGACCCUUGUCGACCUCGACAUUGUUCUGUUCGAUCCCGUUGUGCUACGGGAUGAGGUAGCACUCGAGAAUGCCAUGGGCAUUCUCGAAGGACACCUUAGACAUCCCGCUGCCGAGCGGGACUACAUCUUCCUUACCUUGCUUUCUCGUGACCACUUAUUCGAAUUUGUGUUCUCAAGUCUUCAGCCGGAUACUGCGCUAUUAUUGCAGAAAUGGAUUCUACAAGAUUUCCCAACCGCAGCUGCACAUUUUGAUGGAUCCUUUGCUGCAAGGAUCUUGUCCAGAUUAUCGUUCUAUUUUUGGUCUCUAUCCUAUCCUACACCCGACCUUAGAGACUAUCAUCGGGCUUUCGAGUUGGCAGCCCCUGUUCUAAAAGCUAUUCGCUCCCUACCUUUCGUGACCCAAAGUCCAGUUGAUGGCAUCGAGACAGAGGACUUUGGAUUCUUCAUUGCUAAACCCAAAACUCAACGAGAGAAGAAAAAGGCGAAGCGUGCUCCUAGAGCUCCGCGCGUAGACUCGAAGCCAUUCAAGAAUUUUGGCGUCGAUGUGCCCCAAUCUGAGGAGGAAGCACAAACUCUUGCCAUGGAAAUUCUGCAGAAUCAACAGAAGAUCCUUGAGUCGUAUCUGGACGUUCUGCGUAAGACUGAGCUUGUGGAGAUUUUCAAGAGCGCGUAUCUUCCACAGAAUACUAUCACAAUAGAGGCUUCAGCGGAGGUCGCUCAUGACGAUGGUAAUGUUUCUUUUCAGUCGUCCGAACAUGAAGAGGAAAAUGUCCCAUCAGCCUACCCAAUGGUGCAACCGAUGAAAGCUGCCUUGUACUUUGACUCUGUAGACGGAUUUGGUGAAUGGCGGAUACUCAUUUCGACCCGCGCGGAUCGCAACCUUCGAGAGGCGAAGCGCAGCGACCAAAAUCUCUUCAGGAUCAUUAUCAAGAAGAUCAAGGAGCUUUCGUGUGGGCAUUUUUCUGAUGACAACCAGAAGCGACUUACAGGUUCCGAUAUCGACAUUCCGAUAUACGAGGCCAAAAUGACGAGGGAUACUCGACUGGUGUAUCAAAUUGAUUGCAUCAAGGAGUUUGAGAGUGAUGUCGAGUGGCAAGCGAUUCGCAUAUUCGGUAUUUACACCCAUGCGCAACUCGAUCGGCGGUUUUGGGAAGCCGUUGGUAUGCAACUUGCAGGAAAAGGCAAAGAAUACCGCAAACGUUGCAUAUUCCGAAACCCAUCGUAUCACCCAGGUGAUAAUGUUGUAGCUCCAGCAUCCUUUCCAGCACAAGAAGAGGCACCACUGCCGCCAGCUUGUUUGGAAAUCCCGGACCUUCGAAACGAAGAUCGCGAAGAGCUGCAUUCAUUACUAGUACUCGAGAAGUUCGUUGCAUUCUCUCAGGCGUUAUUGAAUAGCAUCCUGGCCGAUCAGGAUGUAGCCCAUGUCUUCCAGAUGACUCCUCAAGAGCAAGAAAUUGUCAAGCACAGCGGAUCGUGUUAUGUGCUUGGAAGAAGCGGAACGGGUAAAACGACUACAAUGCUUUUCAAGAUGCUGGGUAUCGAACGAACCUGGGACGGCAUGCGCGAAACCAUGCUGCAAGGAUAUCCUAAGCCUCGUCAGAUAUUCGUCACGCAAUCCCGAGUACUCGCAGAGAAAGUUGAGGAGUACUACGCCAAAUUAUCUGAAUCUCAUGCAGCUGCCCAACGAACAGUUGAGCAAUCGGUGCAGAUGGCUGAAGCCAAGCAAGCCGUGGAAGAGCAAGGUUUGGUAGAUCGAGACGAGGAACAGUUUCACAGCGGAGACCUUCCGAAGAGCUAUGGAGAGCUCACUGAUGAGCAUUUCCCUCUCUUCAUCACUUUUGAUCAUCUUUCUAGACUAUUGGAAGCUGACUUUGCAUCUGGGAAAUAUGGAGAGAACUCGCAACUCCUUGUCAUGGCUAAAACCACUUAUGAGGGGCAGAAUCUCUCAAACGACUACAUGCAACAACAGCGAGCCUCGUUUGUAUCUUAUGGCGCCUUUCUUCAGGAGUAUUGGCCUCAUUUUCGGCAAAACCUGACCAAGAAUUUGGAUCCGGCACUGGUUUUUGCUGAGUUCAUGGGCGUAAUCAAGGGUUCGGAACAAGCGUUGCAGUCGUCUGAACGAUUCCUUGACCGUGACACAUAUCUCGAUCUUAGUCAUCGUACUCAAGGGACAUUUGCGAACCAGAGGGAAACCGUCUACGCACUUUUCCAAGCGUAUUCUCGUCGGAAAAAGAUUCGUGGAGACUAUGACGCUGCAGAUCGUACUCAUGCUAUCCUACGCGCGCUGAGGGAGUACGGGGUACCAGGAAGUAAGAUUGAUUUCAUAUAUGUUGACGAGGCACAAGACAACCUCCUCAUUGAUGCACUGAUACCUAGGACUCUCUGCAGGAACCCGGAUGGUUUGUUCUGGGCUGGGGAUACCGCUCAAACCAUAUCUGCUGGAAGCUCCUUUCGUUUCAAUGAUCUGAAGGCAUUUCUCUACCGUGUCGAGGAGACAAGAAGCAUAUCCAACCUGCAAGAGUCCCCGAAAUCAUUCCAGCUGACAGUGAAUUAUCGCUCUCAUGGCGGUAUAGUUAGCUGUGCACAAACGGUUGUUCGACUCAUCACACAGUUUUGGCCGCAUGCAAUUGACAUUCUGGCAGACGAGCGUGGCGUGAUUGAUGGUAUAAAGCCAGUCUUCUUUAAUGGCUGGGACCAUGACACCAUGCGAUACGAGCAGUUUCUUUUCAGUGCUUCUGGUGGCCAUAUGGAGUUCGGUGCCCAGCAAUGUAUUCUAGUGCGUGACGAUGCCGCACGGGAUAAGCUCCGGGAGCAAGUGGGGGAUAUCGGACUUAUUAUGACCUUAUAUGAAAGCAAGGGCCUGGAAUUCAACGAUGUCUUGCUCUACAACUUCUUCGAAGACUCUACGGUCGAUCUUUCCCAGUGGCGUGUCAUACUCAAUGCCUUGCCUGAUGUUAACCACUCCAAAUGCCCUCAGUUUGAUGAUACUCGUCACAGCGGAGUGUGCAGAGAGCUUAAGUUUCUCUAUGUCGCUAUCACGAGAGCGCGGAAGAAUCUCUGGAUUGCCGAUUGUUCAGAGAAGGGAGAUCCCAUGCGUGAGCUCUGGCUCCACAAAGACCAAAUUCAGAUGCGUAAACCGGGCGAUGUUCUUCCCCAACUUGCUACAUCGUCGACUGCGGAAGAAUGGGCUAAGACUGCUCGAGCACUCUUCGACAAUCGGCGGUACACACAAGCCAUCCACUGUUACGAACGUGCUGGCAUGUAUCGCGAAAGGAAUAUUGCACAGGCAUAUCAUCUUCGAGAAAGAGCGAGAGCAGUGUCAUUGCUGGAUAGUACUCGUCCAUCUGCGUUCACGACGGCAGCCAGAGCCUUCGCUCAUGCAGCAGUUGCCUCGGGAACGCGUCCUGAGACGCGAGCAUAUUAUCGUAUUGCGGCCGAAUGUUUUUCGGAAGCAGGCGAUUAUAGACGUGCGGCCCAGUCAUACUUUUCCGCCGAAGAGUUCACACGCUCUGCACAAUGCUAUCGUAAAGCGAAUAUGUUCGACAAAGCCGUGGAGGUGAUCAAGUCUCACCGGGACAAAAUCAAACAGGAUGAUGCAGAAGCUAUCCUUUCAAUCGCAAAACUGUACUAUUUCCGCGAGCAUCGCCUCGAGAAGGCCACCCAACUCUUCGCAAACUUCGAGGAGGCUCUAGAGUAUAUGGAAGAUUACGGUUUUGAUAUAGUCCGAGCCGAUCUCCUUGAACAAGUUGGUCGGGUAGUAGAAGCAGCAGAGUUGCAUCGAGCUGAAGGGCGAGAUAUCAAAGCCAUCACACUUUUACUUCAAAAUCGUAAUGACCCGCGCGCUUCAAGCCUCGCAACCGAGUGGAUUCUUCAGGGUCUGUGGAAAUGUCUCCCAUUUGACGUGACGAUGAACAUGCUUCGCGACACAUCCAAACCCAUUAUUGCGUCUCUGCUGGAUCUAGCAAAUCAAGUCAUGGAGACUGAAAAUCUGUCUGCUCAUAUCGAGAUGCAGAUUCUGAUGUUCAAAGCCAUUGCAUCUCAUAAUUUUCUUUCCCUACAACAACUUGGUGUGAAACUCUACACUGAGCUGAAGAACCCUUUGGCUUCCGUAUUAUGCCUUGAUCAUGUCUUCAGAAAUAUGCCGAAGUUUCAGACCCAAACCUGUUCGGAAAUCGCAGAAAUACUCCAAGCGUUCCUGAUCUAUUGUCAAGAACUGCAUAAGAUCACCACGAACUUUGAGGCAUGCAACGAUGCGGGGAUUCAACGAUUGUUUGGUUUUCAGAUUGCCCUCGAUCAUAUCGUCACAAUACCGGAACCGACAUUCAUGUAUGGAGUGGCGUCUCGAUCUCGGGCGGCAAAGAGUGUGGAAGAGGCCUUUGUCACCAUGGAAGCUGGGGUUUUCAUGCGUCUCUUCCAGCAGACCCUUCGACAACGCCUUCAGAUUCGGGUGCAGACAGAAGACCUUACACUUUGGAAGUCGCCUUUGCUCCGUCCGUGCUUGGCCUUUGCGGUUUUCGGAGAGUGUAUGAGCUACGACUGCCCUAAUGCGCAUACUGAGCGGCAGUCUCUCGACGUCGAAUGGUAUAACGCAAGGCUGCGCUUGAUUUUUCAACAGGUCCUUAUAUAUCACACGGUGCGGUCUGUUGAGAAACGCUCUGUUUAUGCCGGACAGCAACGGUUCUGGCUUACACUUCUGUUUCAAGCCCUUUAUCCCCCACACUACAUACUGGGUUCCCUUGCCAACUUGGAUAAGUUGCGGAUUCCAGAGUUCGAAAGGGGUAUACAGGUCGUGAACAACUGGAUUCAAGAUCUUUUCUUCACCUUGAGUGCUCAGGAGAAUCCUCAACGAUUUUUGACGACCGUUAUACAAGCAGCCAGUAUUGCUUUUGUGUUUCAGAAACCCAGCGCCCAAGAAUUCUUGAAACGAGCGCCAUGCGUCGUGAAUCCUCCCGAAUCUCUCAAACGAGACCAUGAACGAUUCGUUCUUCAUGAUUUACUUGAGGCCCUCGACGGUUCCCAGGUUUGGUCGAUAUCUGCUGGAACGCUAGGGCUCAGUUGCAUUGUCAGACAUAUUUGCAGCACAAAUCAAGCCCUGGACAUCAAUACAUUGUGCCAGUUAAUUGAUUGGAUAUGUGGUUCGACUGUGAUCGCACACCGCAUGCGCCGUAAUUCAAACCUUCAUGAUACUACGCUUCCUCGGAGUUGGCUUCUUACGCUUUCAAGCGACCCAAAUAUUGCACUUCAGGAACCAUCUUGGGUUUUGACUGGCUCCUUCAUUCGUUCCGUUGGCGAUGUACUAGAGGCGUUGUCCUCAGGUGUCGCUGCCGAUCAUCUCUUUCUUGAAGAAAGACAGCUCUAUAAGUCCACUAGAGUCCGUAAUGUCUACAUUAAUCGCAUCUGCCGGACUCUUGCUUUACUUGGAUAUAAUAUUCCGAGUCCUACACUCCGUCGGGACAUAGUGCAGACUCUGAACUCGCUACGUAAACCUGGCCGUUCUAUCCCUGCGUUGUAUUCUGGCUACAUUAAUUCUGGACCAUGGCCUGAUGUUGCGAGAGCUCUUCGACGGACGGAUGGACGCCCAGAUCCGUUGUUGGACGAAUUGACUGAGUUAAAAGAGGAGACGAAGCUGACAGGACCCGUCCGGACCUGGCGUGGAAUACGGACCUUAGUCUUUCGUACUCCUCCAGGGGCAAUUGCCACUGUCCGGUCUAGAGGUCAGAGCACUCUACGAGCUGAUGCCGCACCGUUCAUCCCCCGCCACUUGGAGUUGAAUGUCGCAGCGGAUGACAACAUGGAGGAUUCGUCUCUGGCUGAAGAGGACUUCGACGUGGCCGAACCUGUGGCGUCGGCCGACUCUGUGCAUAUCGAAAAUGCAUUUCAGCCGCUCGCCCCACCGACUGAAAGCGAAAUCCAAGCUGCAAUACGCAUCCAACGGAAAUAUCGACGCUACUGCGCUCGUAGGGAUAGUCCGUCAACUCUUUCGGAGGCCUGGACGCGUUGGUACGAAGGGUGCCUCAAGACUUCCAAUGGUCUUCGCGUGGCGUACAAAGUUCGCUUCCUUGGUUUCCUCCCCCAUGUCCUUGUGUGCCUAGAAAAGCUUAACCGUCUCGCCUUCAAGGCCAAGAAACAAGCCGCUAAGAAAUGGAGUGCUGGCAAUAACGAUGAUCUAGAAAAGGUCAAUGAAGAGCUAGAUCGAACCAGUCAGUUAGCGAAGGAGGUCUUGCGUCUUCAGAAGACACUUACACCGACAUCCGCAAUACACGGGCAACAGAGAAUUGAGAUCUUGAGGGCUCAUGUUAUUGAGGUAGUAGAAUUGUCUCAGCGCUUUCCAGCCAGCACAGCGAAUGACUGGGAAAGGGAUCUCCAGAUAGCUGUUAUAGGUAUUGUAGGGAAACGAGAGCCUCAUAAGAAGCGACUCAAACCGAAGCUGGUGGUAGAAGAUGCAUAUGAUAUCAUCUGACCGAUUCCAUGCGUGUAUUUCUUGGGUGAAAGUAACACAUUCAUGUACAAAUAUUUGCAUUGCCUAGAUCAAUUUAACCACUAGCGCAUUCAUCACAAAGCUUACAAUCCAGUAGAUAUAGGUACAACGAGUCAAGAACUGUUGUUAACACAGGAACCUCAAAUAGGCACAGACGCAUUCCAAUU